AUGAAGCCUUCAACUUUUUACGGCGUCAUUGCCACCGCAUCCUUGGCCCAGGCCAUCCAGCCUCCAGCUCUCAACGGCUUCAAACUUACAUGGGGUGAGGAUUUCAAAGGCGCUGCUGGCGCUCCACCCGACUCGACCGCUUGGACCAUUGCUUUGGACAUCCAAGUAAACAACGAGCUCCAGACGUACACGACCUCCAACAAGAACCUCCAGCUUUCUGGCGGCGAAACUCUGCAGAUCGUCCCUGUGAAGGACAGCAACGGCGCUUGGUCAUCUGGUCGUAUCGAGUCCAAGGCAUCUUACACCCCCCAGCCCGGCAAGAAGAUGCAAUGGCAGGCUGGAAUCCGCAUGGGCACAGCUGCAAAUCGCAAGGGUCUUUGGCCUGCCUGGUGGAUGCUGGGCGACGCCAUGAGACACGGUACCGGCUGGCCCAUGUGCGGCGAGUUGGACAUCUUCGAGCAGAUCAACGGUCUUAUGGAGGGCUUUGGCACCAUCCACUGUGGACAGAAAGAGGGUGGAGUUUGCAAUGAGCCCAAGGGACGUGGCGUCACCACGACCAUCCCAGACAACGAAUUCCACAACUGGGCUCUUGUAGUUGAUCGUACCUCCAACAACUGGCAGACGGAGACAAUUCAGUGGCUCAGGGACGGAACCCCCUUUUCUACCGUGACUGGCGCUGAGAUCGGCGACCAAGGUAUCUGGUCCACGCUCGCUCACUCCCCUUUCUACAUGCUUCUCAACGUUGCCGUUGGUGGAAAAUUGCCCGGAGACCCAGACGCUUCUACCGAGAGCGGCUACGGCAACAUGAUGGAGGUUUCUUAUGUUGGUGUUUAUGAGAGCGUAUAG